UUUACUUUUGAAUCCGACAAAAUGUCCCUGCCUUCAUCUCAUCAGCAAGAACAAGAUCAUGGGAGAAUGUGUGCUAAUGUCGCUAAUAUUUACAAAGGUAAGAAUAAUUUAUUAAAGAUGCUGUCACGAAUUGAACUCAACUUUUUAGAAGGCAAUUAUCCAUUUGCCUCGGCACCUCCACCUGCAUUUGGCCCAUACGGUUAUCAAUGUACUCAGUUAUUGCAUGGUGUGAGUGAGCCCAUCACUGAACAGCCUUUGGGACCUGAAGGAGCUGCUUCAUUAAACGAGGUUUACUUGAAUCCUGCACAAAGUAUUGUCAACUGUUUCCCAGGAUUAGAAAAACUUGCCGAAGCUAGUGAACUUGUAGUUCGACAAAACGUGGAAAUAUUGGAAGUUUCACCCAGAUUUAAAAGUAAGUUUACGGUAAAAAAUAACUUUGGCCAAAAAAUCUAUCAUCCUGUCGAGGACUCUGACUAUGCAAAUCAGUGUUGUGGUGCUUUAUCAGCUUCUGAUAUGAUAAUUCUGGACGACUCCAAAAAAGAAGUGUUGUCUUUUCACAGACCUUUUGGUUGCGGUGAUUGCUGGUCUAUUGGCUUACAAUUACAGACGAUGACUGUUUCUGCAUCUCACGACAUCAUUUUGGGCACUGUAGAACAGGAGAUGACCAUUUCUUACAAUUUUGUUGUGAAAAACGCAGGCGGUGACAUUGUUCUGAGGAUUGUUGGUCCAUAUUCUCCGUACUUCUUAAGUAUGGUUGCCAAUGUAGAUUUUCAAAUAAAGUCCAGUCGCAGGUCAGCACCGAUAGGUAAAAUUACAAAGGAGUGGUCUUCAUCUUGUCAGAGUGCCUAUAACUUAAGGAUCACAUUCCCACUGGAUUUGGCUGUUGAGAUAAAGGCUACAUUAUUGGGGGCUUGCUUUUUAAUCGAUGCAAUGUUCUUUCAAUCAUGGGAAUAAACCUAAGAGGAAAAAUGCUGUAUUAGUAGCAUCACUUUUAUAUAUCUUAUCGAUAAUUUUGUUUGUUGUUUCAU